AUGUUGUCUGUGAAGCGAGAACGGGAAGUUCAAAAACAACGAUAUAAAGACAAAAGACAUGGAAAACGAGGAAAAUUCUUAUGCAAUUUUUCACAAUGUCAAAAUACUUAUGACAAGGAUUUUUCACGAAAAUGUGAAGAAAAUCCGAGGGAUGUUCAGGGUGGAUUUGAGAUCAUCAGUGUUAAACGGGAAAGAAUAAGAAUGAGAAGAAGGUGA